AUGGCCGCUUCAUCGUCGUCGGCGUCGUUUGCUGCUGAUCUCUUGUCCUCGACCAUGUCGGUCGCUCAGUCUUCAAAGCUACUGUUAAGGACUCCAAAGAAGCAGACUAAUCCAGUCACAAGUCCUAUUCCCACUCUCGUCUCCUCUGGCCCGACACCGACAUCCGGUCCAGCGAUGGCCAGUGCCCCCGCAUCUCUUGCUCCGUCUACCACGGUUCCUGUGGUCCCAGAUGCCGCUAGUUUAUUGAACAAGGUCGCCACGACAUCUACGGGCAUCUACCAGCAAUCCGUCUUCCUUCGGUCGCGCCUCCAACGCGUCCCGGCCUUUGCCCAGUUUCUGCGCUUUAGUCAAUCUGGCUCCCGUGCGUCCAAAGACGUCGUACAGCAGAUGUGGGAGACGUUUGCGCUCGGGAAACCACUUUGUGUCCUCUUCAAUCUCCAGGACAUUCCCGCCGACCUCAAGAUUCAAGAAUACUCAGACGACGAAGUCGACCCCGAUCCACUGAGAAAGGAACGCCAACGCGCUAUUGCUCUCUUCAUUAUGGGUGUCAACCGUCUCAAGGGCGCGGGAAUAUGGGAAAAGGACGCUCCCCUCUUCUCCAUCAGCGAACUCGUCAUGGACGCAAUGGACACGAAUGGAUUCGUCAAGGUUGUCGCGACGGUCCUUCAUCUCCUCACAAAGCUUCCACCUACUGCUUGGUCCGAGGACGCGGAGCCCGGACCAAACGCGGCUUCCCAUGCACCGACAACCUCAAACACCUCGCGCAAGGAUGUGGAACGAGCAAAUCUUAUCCGCGAGCUCAUGGAGACGGAGAGAAAGUAUUGUCAGGAUCUGGAGAUUAUGCAGUCGUAUGCCGACUCUCUUCAACGACUAGACAUUGUCGAUCCGGAUACCAUCCAACGCCUCUUCCCUGCCCUCGGCAAACUUACCGAUUUCCAACGAAAGUUGUUGAUCCACAUGGAGCAGACGGCAGAGCACCCGGUUGACGAGCAAGAUUGGGGGCGAUGCUUUUCUCAGCACGAGUCCGAGUUUGCCAUUUAUGACGCCUAUAUCGCAAAUUAUAGCCAGGCGCUUGACCUCGCCGUCGCGGAGCAACGGACGCUCAUGGCCGCGUCGAGUAUCAUCAACCCAAUGCAACUUCCUGCCUUUCUCAUCAAACCAGUCCAACGUCUUUGUCGCUAUCCACUGCUUCUUGGCUCGGUACUCAAGCUCACACCUCUGGAACAUCCCUUGCACGCAUCGCUCGUCGAAGGUGUCGACGCCGUCAAGCGCAUCGCAGAUGCCGCAAAUCGUGCACUCCGUGAAAAGGAGAAUGAAGAAACGUGGAGCGCGGCCCUCGCGCGCAUCCGAGAUUGGAAGGGACUGCAGCUCGACAAGACGGGACCACUCCUACUCGACGAGGUCUUUGGGAUCAGUGGAGACAAGAGACCGUACUCGGAAUACCAUACCUUUCUCUUUGAUCGCAUGUUAUUAAUAUGUCGCCCAAAAGAUAUUCAACCAGCAGAGGUCGUCGAAUCUGGUGACAAGGAGAAAAAAUCGGACCGCUUGACGCCCGGCUUUAUGCGUGGGAGGAGCAACAGCGUCAACGGGAACCCGCCUGCUCCAUCUACACCAAAGGGUGUGGGUCUCGUUGCUGGCGGCGCUGUGGCUUCGAGGAGGUCCAAACUCCCUCUUUCGAUCCGAGGUGUCUUGUAUAUCCGCAAUAUGCUUGAUGUCACCGCGGAUACAUCAUCAGGCGCCUAUUUGGUCAACGUCAAAUACUCUGACCGACGUGAAACGCUGAACUGGUCGAUACACUGCAGAAAUGAGGAACAAGUCACCCUUUGGCAGUCUGAACUCAAACGCCUCGUUUCUCUAUGGAUCAAAGAAGAAGCUCAUAUUAAACAGCAAGCCAAAGAGGAUCUCAAAGCUCUUCGGAGCGCUUCGCACGGCGCACCUUAUGCGAGUCAAGAAUCUCUCGAUACCAUGCGCUCUGCACGACGUCCAGCUCACCCUUAUCACUACACGUUUGAAACCGCCCCAUCUCGCUCGCGGAAUCGCAAUGGAAGUCUGGACCUGGGAAACUCUCGUCCGAAUGUGACUAGAGGGCGUGCGAGCUCUGUUUCCAGCGUCAUUUCCGACUUGUACGAUGCCUAUGCCAAGGAUGAUGCUAGUAGUAUUGAAAGCAUCAGCACCAAUGCAAGUAUGACAGACCUUCCGUCCUCCGUCAAUGCAUCGACAGCAUAUCCUGUGGAGAAGAGUCCAGAGAAGAGUCACAGUCGCAGUGCGUCGGUCGCUUCCAGAGUAUCCAUCGGUUCGGAAACUCGAUCACGACCGCCGUCGAAUUCGACCCUCAGCAGUCGAUUCCGAACCCUUCCACUUCCCCCGCAGCUUCCCCCUCCCACCAGUCCACAACCACCACGUCCCAACGAGGAUCCGCCAAGCUAUUCCGCGUCCACGAGCCACAGCUCCAGCAGAACUCAAGAAAAGGCUUCUCACUCUAGGCGACCAAGUGCAGAGAGUGCAGAUGGGACCAGACCCCUCCCUAUGCCCCCUGCUUCUCAGUUGCGUAUUCGCGUCGGUGAUAGAGCCCCGGCUCCCUUGGGCCUCCCUACCUCGAGCGUUGCCAUACCGUCGCCAUCGAUGACACCUCAAUCCACUCUCCCCGAGCUUCCCUCCAAGGACCCACGGCGUCCCCUUUCUUCUCGCAAAUCAGGAAGCAUGCUUCGUGGACCAAGGGAAAGGCAUUACUCGGGAACAGGAAGGAUGACCCCCACAACGCCUCCUCAAUAUGCCACCACUCACGCUAUACCGACGCAAGGGCUUAUCAAACCUCCUGUGGAUGAAUCCCACCUUCAUCCAGAGUUGAGGGCAGACCUCCGCAGACGACAGGAUAGCGGCUCUUCGUCAAACACGGAUAUGGUUUCCAUCUUCACCUCGUCGGAGCCAGAGAUUGACGUUUCUCCGACGACUCCUCUGUCAUUCGGCGAAGAGACGCAGAAGCGCUCGCCUUCAAAGCUUGCACCAGGAAAUGCAGCAAAGGACACUGUCUCCCGGAAUUUGGUCGUGAGCGCAGGAGCGGACGUCGGUCGACCGAGAACUGCAGAUCGUCGACCAGCUGUGACUCCUCAAACGGCCUUUCACGAAAUUCGAGAUCGGGAGCUGAUUACAUCCGGCGGUUUGCGGCAUACUCACGAAUCUUCUGCGUCGGGUCGUCCUGGAUCUUCGUCCUCGAGAUCCACUCACCCGGAUCAGCAAUCGCACUGCCGCACGAAUAGCAGCAGUGGAUUCGGUCGAACGGCUCUACCGACUUCAAUCAGUUCAGCAGGGACAGUCAUCGUGCGGCUUCAUCACAACGAGAGCACGUUUCUCAUCAAAAUUCCACACACAUCCCCGCGAGCCGAAUUUGUUGAGAAGAUUCGGAGAAAGAUACGACUUUGUGGUGCAGCUCCUGCCGUUCCGGUCGAGCACCUCCCUGCUACGCGAUUUUCUAUCGAAGAACAAGUUUCAUAUCUCGACGAAAACUACCAAUUCAAGAAACUCAGCACAAACGAGGACUUCGCUGUGGCGUGGAAGUGCGCUACGCGUCCACGAAAGGAUCCAGAAGACAAUGGCGUGUUUAUCAUCGCUGUUGGCCCGACGAGCUGCCUAGGGUAUGGCAACAAAUAA